GGUGUACUUUUCAGCCAUCGAAUGACCCUACGUGACCACAGAGCCAACGCGGAGUAAAACGGCACUGUUGCUUUAAACGCACCACUGCUUUGACAAGUUGUAGAGCGAUGGUAUUAUCUUCUGGAGCGCAUUGUAAACACCACUGUGCGGUUACAUUCGGUGCGAACCUAGAAAGAGAGAGGGGUAGAGAGAUAUUGACCAUGUGUUGACACCUGCAACUGCACCGUUGGACUGUUGUAAUGCUGUAGCCCUGUGGAGGUUCCACAAGGAAAGCUGCUGUCAUAGGUGCGCUGUGACAGUUGAAACUACCAAUUUUAAAGGGGAACGAACAUUAGACUGUCUCCGUGCAGUCAUGAUUUUGACACAAAGGUAAAAAGUUAUCUCAUUCAAACCGAUCUUUGAAAGCAAAUAUAGACUAAGAUAAGACUACCAAUAGCACAUAAUUUAUAUCAAUUCGCGGGAGUAAUUUAACGAUUGCAGCGAGCCAUGUCCAGAAAGAAGGCGGCAAAAGGGAAGGGGAGCUCGAAGAGUCGCAGCGCAUCUCCGAGCAGCACCAAAGACAGCAGCGGGAAGAGUGGAAAGGGACUGGCCGCUGCUCCCACCAACGGUGUGGUCUACCCUAGCCGGCCCUCCAUCAGCAACAGCGGGGAGUUUUAUGAUGUCGCCUUCAAGGUGAUGUUGGUUGGAGACUCUGGUGUAGGGAAGACCUGUCUGCUGGUCCGCUUCAAAGAUGGAGCCUUCCUGGCAGGGAGCUUCAUCUCCACCGUGGGCAUUGACUUCAGGAAUAAAGUUUUGAACAUCGACACGCUGAAGGUCAAACUGCAGAUCUGGGACACAGCUGGACAGGAACGUUUCCGUAGUGUCACACAUGCCUACUACCGCGACGCUCACGCUCUCCUCCUCUUGUACGAUGUUACUAACAAGGCCUCUUUUGACAACAUCCAGGCCUGGCUGACAGAGAUCCACGAGUACACCCAGCAGGAUGUGGUGCUCAUGCUCCUGGGGAACAAAGGUAACAAG